CUUGUUGAUCUGACCAAAAAGGUACAAAACAUAAAACAUUGUGGAUGUGGAGGAUAUAGAAUUUUGGGUGAUUUAUAAAGCACCACCUUUAAAGAGAAGAUUCUUUUAACAUUUUUGUUUGUUUUUUAUCCUUAAAAAUAUCGAGAAAUUGGCCAUUAAUAUUAAGUGAUAUAAACAUGAUAAAGAAAAGACUGACCACAGAUAGUGAUGAUGAAUCGGAAAGUGAAUUAAAUUUAUGUGAAACGUCAGUAAAAUUUCGUCGAAAACGAAAUAAUAAAAAUAUUUUAUUGAAUUUUGUCAAUCGCUCCUUAACUGGACAUUUCAACUAUUCUUUAACAAAAAAAUCCAAUGUUCAUGACUUCAAUCACAUUUCGUCGGAUCUUAGAUUCUGUUUAAAGGAUAUUAUCCCUUUUUGUUAUUUAGAAAAUCAAGUUUUUAUGGGUCUUUCAUUAUGCGGCAACUUCCUUUUAUCCUAUAAAAGAUGUUGCGAAAAUAGUGAGACUUAUGACUUUAAUUCAGGAUAUAAAUAUGAAUUAUUCUUUUGGAUCUUUAAGCCUCAUAUGCCACUUCACAGAUAUUAUAAGGUUAAUCUCUUUGAUGAUCAUGGAGUUGAGGAUAUUAAGUAUGUCACCAUGACUCAAUGGAAAAAUGAUCCAAGAACUUUAGUCAUACAUGGGUCUAGUGAGAUUGAUGAUCAGCAUUCAUUUCUUACAAUUAUUCGUGUUCCAAAAUUAGGAUGUAUAAGCUGUAAGAAGCUCCGUGAAAAUGACACGUCUGAUGAUCUUUUCAAGAACUAUGACUUGUGUAUAGAAUGCAAUUUUACAAUCCAUACAAAAUAUCGAUUUAAUGAAUGCACACAAAAGUUUCAACCUAAAAUUCACCUUAAUGCACCCCAUCAUUUAAUCAUGUGUGAGAACAGCAUCAUUCAUACAAUCAAUGUAGAUUUAGAUCUACAAAAGACUCAAAGUAUUGGUAAAAAUUUCAUAAGUCAUAAAUAUUUAUUAAAACCAAAUGCCAUCGUUGAGGCAACAACGAUAUUAACAAAUAGUAAUGAUAUUGAGGUAGGUUAUGACAACAACAAUUUUCACCACAAAGAGCCAGCUUCAAAAAUGGUGAAGCCAAAUUCAAUCGUGGAACAAAUUCUUGCAGACUUUUCUGAAUUUGAUGAUACUGAAUGUGUUGCUGUUGCAUCGACAUCAACUGCUGAUAUUAAUAUUAAUCCUAAUAAAUCAAAUGAAGUCACUAAUAAAGUUGGUUGUGAUGAUAAAACUAAUAAUACGCUUACACGAAAGGAUGACGAUGAGCAACCAAAAAAUGUUAAAAAGACUGAUAAUGCUAUGUCCUCAUCGAGUCGUCUAUUAAAGAAGAAAUCCUAUGCACCAUCGUCACCUGAAAUUUUAGAGGCAGCUGAAAAGACUUAUGAAUUUUCCGAAGAGAAUGAAAAGUGUGAAAAGAUAAGUAUUUUUAGGAAGCGACGAUUAGCUGACAAGAAAUACGAAUUUAGUGAAGAGAAUACGGAAAAUAUAAUUCCAUUUAAUAGAACUAGAAAUAAAAUAUCUCAAAGAUCUCAAAUUACUCAGAUUAGAAGAUCUUCACCGCAUCCAAGCUUCUUAUCACCAUGCAGUUCUCCAAUGAGUAGUACUCGACAUAUUAUGUCACCAAAUCCUGGUUUUCGAUCACCAAAUUAUUAUACUUAUCGCUCAUCUCCAACUAAUAAUUUCCUAUACUCACCACCAUCAAGACAUAUUACAAGAAUUGGAAAUAUGUCACCAGCAUCUGAAGAUAUCCAUAAAUAUUUCUCUGAUAUUAUGAACAGAAUGAAUGAUGGACGAAUGGAAGUAGGAAAUGAAUUGUCAUAUGAAGAGAUAAAAAUCAUUAGCAAGACUGAUUCGCCCAUUUUCUCAAAGAAAAUUGUCAAUCAUUAUGUCGAAGAGGAUGACGCAAAUUCGGUUGUUACAUGCGAGGAGGAUGACUGUAUUUCACCGGGCUAUCAUCUUUCAUUGCCGAUGGAGGUUCAUGGAGCUUGUUAUGCAAAAAUGCAGAUUGUAUCGAAAAUGUCAUUAAAUCGACUCAAAGGACAUCCACGAGCUAUAAUUACUCAAAAUUCUUUUGAUGUCGAAACAUUUUCAAUCCAUAUUGCAAACUUACUGUGUAAAAAAAAUGACAAAAAGUACGGGAUUCUCUUUGAUUUGGCAUUUGAAAUUAUUCACGUCUGCCCAUUGUCUGAAAAUGUAUUGAUUGCAUUGUGCUUACAAUUCACGGCAAGUGAUUAUGACAGACUCUCUCAAUGCCUAAAUUGUUCGAAUGAAUCUACAGCAAAUUGCUUUUUGCAUCGUCGUCUCUAUGAAACGACUGUCCUGUUUUCCUGGAAAAUGACAACCGAUGAAUGGACAAUUUUAGAUUCUGGUCAGUUGAAGCAACUUUCAACACAAAUGAAAAUAAGUCAUCCGAUACGAGGCAAUCGUCAAGAAAUGCUCAUUAGGAAGCUCCAAAGAUUCAUAAGGAGAAUUUUUGGAAAGGAACGAACUUUUCUCGACAAGUAUGAUCACUUGAGAGUUUUGGACUGUAACGAGGAUAAAAGUAAAGACUCUAUAACUGACUUUAGAAAUGGAAUUGAAUUUUAUCGACGUCAACCUUACGAUUCUCCAUCGUCUAUAUCUUCCCUCUCAUCGAAUUCUUCAGCAUCGACUAGUUCUGAUUCGGCAGAAUCUUGUGAUGAAUCAUUGCAAUAAAUAUAUUAAAAGCUGCUGUAAAAUAAUAUUGAAUGCCUAUUUAAUCUGCGUGUUUUUCAAUCUUGUGUUUUGAAGCUUUUUAAAUAAAAAUUAUUGGAUAUGCACUAUGGGGCAAAAUUGAAAAAAAAGGGAUUUUCACUUUGAUUUUGG